AUGGAUUCUCGCUCGUCGCCCGUCGUCGCCGAGUCUCCCGGCGACGAUUCCGCCUCGCCAAUCCAUUCGCUAUCCGACGAUCUUCUCACCUCCAUCCUCCGCCUAGUCCUCUCCGCCAAUCCCACCGCAUCCGUUACAACAUCCGAUACAAGCACCGGCGAUUCUCGCCCGUCCUACCAGGCGGCUCUCGUCUGCAAGCGCUGGUCCCGCGUCGCGCCUCUCGCGCUCACCUCCCUCACAGUCCUCUCCGCGUCUUCCGCCGCCUCCCCCGCCGCCUCCUUUUCCCCCAAGCGCGAGCUGCUCUGCCGCCGCCUCGAGCUAGCGCUGCGCAAGUUUCCGAACCUGACUCGCCUGCACCUCGACAGCCACACGAUCGACUUCAUCGACGAUCGCUUCUUGCGCGCCCUAGGCUCGGCAUGCCCGAACCUGACGUACCUCUUCCUGGGAAAGGUUCGGCUGCCAGUUCGGCCGCCGCUCGUCGACGCGGUGAGCGAGACGGGCCUCGCGAGCGUUUUUCGCAGCUGCCGGCGGCUCGAGAAUGUGAGCGUGCACUGCGCGCCGAACAUCAAAUCGCUCCCCGCGUCGCUCCUCGAUCUUUCCGCGCUGCACCUGCUGCAGCUCGAAGCGCCGAGUUUAAAACUCUUCCCGGAAGUCUCCCGGGGGAGACUAAGCACGCUCCGCGAUUUGCGGCUGCUGUCGUGCAACGCGCUGCCGUGCCUGCCGGACUGUCUGGGCGACCUCGCGGGUCUCACGCAUCUGCGCAUCGAGAAAUCCGACAAUCUCGAGCAGCUGCCGGACUCGUUAUGCGACCUGCAGCUGCUCGACGUCCUCGUUAUAAGCUCCUGCUACUGGCUCACGUCGCUGCCCGACGAUCUCGGGCAGCUGCCGUGCCUGCGCGUGCUCGAAUUGGACGGCUGCGGGGGAUUGCUCGAAUUGCCCUGCUCGCUGCCGCAGCUCCACUCUCUCGAACGACUCGUUAUAAGCCGAUGCGGUAACCUUACACUCCUGCCCGAAGACAUUGGGCAGUUACCACUCUUACGCGAAUUGGAAAUCAGCAAGUGCCAUCGCCUCGUCGGCCUCCCGCCCUCCCUGUCGGACUUAGCCCAGCUCCAGUUCCUGGAAGUUUCCGACUGCACGCGUUUAGAGUCCCUUCCCGACGACUUAGGCCGUCUAUCUGUCCUUAGAACCCUGCGCCUCGCCUCGCUUCCUAAUCUCACCUCUCUGCCCGAAACCCUAGACCAGCUGACCUUUUUACGAGAGCUCCAAUUAGAAGAGAUAGACAAUCUUUUGGGCCUGCCCGACCCGGUAACGAGCCUCGGGCAGCUGGAAAAACUCGUUCUGGGGCUGUCCUGCUCGCCGAGUCUGCCCGAAUCCGUAGGCGCGCUGACCCGUUUGAAAGAGCUGCAGCUGCGACACUGUAAGGGGUUAACGAGUCUGCCUAUAGCGAUGCGCGCGAUGACGCGGCUGGAGCGGCUGGCGGUGGAGGAGUGCUGCGAGCUGGUGGCUCUGCGCCUGCCGGAAGGAGAGGCCGUGGGUGCUACUGGGAGGGAUGGGGGAGGGCAAGCAAAAUCAAGAUUCAAAGAAGAGGGAGGGGUAGCCGAGCAGGUGGAGGAAAAGCAGCGGCAGGAGCAGAAGGAGGGGGAGCAGGGACAGCAGGGCUGCACGUCCCUUCGCGCCCUCCCCGCAUCUCUGACUGCCCUGGCUGAGCUAGAGCGGCUGGUGGUAACCAGGUGCACCGCGUUACAGUGGGCGCCGGGGAACGUGGCGCGGAUGCAUGGGCUGCGGGAGCUGAGGCUGGAUGGGUGCAGAACGGUGCUGCUGCCGCCGUCGCUGGCGUGCUUGGGCCGGCUGGAGAGGCUGGUUGUAGUGAGUAAUGGGUGUAGUGGGAGCGGUGUAGGGGCGGGGGAUGAGCCCUUCUCCUCCUUCCUCCCCUCGCCGCCCCUGGCUCUCCCCCCCGGCAUGGGCCAGCUGGCGCAGCUGAGGGAGCUGGAGGUGAGCGGCUUUGACUCCCUCUCCGCCCUGCCGCCCUCCCUCGCCUCCCUCUCCCGCCUCACCCGCCUCUGCCUCACCGGAUCCCUCAAACUCGCCUCCCUGCCUGACCUUCCCUGUGGUCCGGUUGCUGCUGGUAAUGAUUCCUGCUGCUGCUGUGGUUGCCCCUCCUCCUCCUCCUCCUCCUCCUCCUCCUCCUCCUCCUCCUCCUCCUCCUCCUCCUCCUCCUCCUCCUCCUCCUCCUCCUCCUCUUCCUCCUCGUCCUCCUCCCUCCUCAUAGCCCCUUCCCGCACUGCCCCCAACGGCACCUUCUUCCUCCAUCUCACCAACCUACGAGACCUGCAGCUCGAUUCCUGCCUCUCCCUCUCCUCUCUCCCCUCCUCCCUCUCCUCUCUCUCCUCCCUCAACCGCCUCCACCUCGCCUUCUGCUCCUCCCUCUCCGCCCUCCCCCCACACCUCUCCUCCCUCUCCCACCUUCGCUCCCUCAACCUCCAAGAGUGCAUCUCCCUCACCUCGCUCCCCCCCUCCCUCUCCUCACUCGUCCGCCUGGAAGGGCUUUACCUCAAGGGGUGUAUCCAGCUGAAAAGCCUUCCGGGCGACAUUGGGUAUUUGCCGAGGCUAAGGGAAUUGGAUUUGAGGGACUGUGAGGGGCUGCUGGCACUGCCGGGGUCAAUCACCCUCCUUACGGGGCUCAAGUGGUUGGAUAUAUUUGGGUGUAGUAGUUUGGAUAUGGAGUCGGUCCCUGCAAGGAUAGGCCAAGCCACGAUCUAUCGGAGCUAG